AGUGUUAGUUUUGGGCGCAGCGUGUUGUUAGUGCGUAGCGCGGUUCUGGUCUUCCAUAAGCUACUAGAAUGAUCAUUCGCUUUUUGUUGUAGUUGUCCCACCGUUCUUCAAGACACAGUAAAAAUACCAUGUGGCUCAUCGCGAUCGAGGUGGAGCCACCGACGUCCCUCGUCCUUUUGAAAUGGGGCCGCGGGGUGAAGACUCUUCGCUACCAAAACGAGAAAUUCUCCGAAAACGCGAAUCUCCCCCUCCUCGUCGGCAGUCGGGAUCUGCAUGUGAUGGUCUGGUCCGGCUUUGACCGCGCCUGCAACAACAUCAACGAGCAGAGUAUGCUGUGGCACGAGAAUGUGGCGUACGACCUGCAGAAAAGGGGGAAAUGGGUCACCCUACCGUUGCCAAAAGGAGGUCGGGGAGGUAGUAAAAACACAGGGAUAGAAGAUCAGUUCUCCAUCGAAAAUGCGAUCCAGGUGCGGUUGCGCUUCGCCCAAGCACCGCCGCCGGGAUAUGAUCCUCAUGUGGAGAAGGCAAUUGCGGCUACAAGAUCUACUUCCGCUGCUGGUCCUUUAUCCACUCAACACGUCCUCGCCGCUGACAUCGAGAAUCCUGCCUCGAGGACACCUGCUAGCGCCAUCCCCCUGAUCACCUGCGCACAGGCCGACUACGAGCAAAGCAACCCCGACGGGUUCCUGCUCGCGAGCCCACUCCGGUUGGCGGACGGGAUCCACGCGCGGAGCAAGGCCACGACGACGUCCGGGGGAGAGGAUGAAGAUUUCUCGUCCGACUACUACGAGGCUGCGAACGAGCAGUACUUGAUGAAGCAAAAAUCUACUACUACAACCGGUGCCACGUCGAAUCAUGCCGCGACGACGUCGGUGGUAACGUCGAAGACGCGCAGGCUGUACGAAGAAAGCAAGAAGCCAUCGGCGAUCGCGAACCAGCUCGCGGCGAUAGCGAAUCGCGAGAAGUACUCGUCUAUCAACCGCAAAUAUGUCUGGGUCUGGAAGAGUCAUGCUGUUUCUGCAUGACACAGAAGGUCUGGCAUGGAAGCUCUAGCAUCACAGGUUUCGAGAAGCUUCCGCAAUGCCGAACCCGCAUGACAAAUCCCCCACUUUGGUGACAGAAAGUGAGCAGCUUUUGCUACCUAUGCAUGAGAGAUUUUUGCGUGUUCCGAAAUGCGCAUGACAAGCUCCAACCUUCCAGACCCAGACAUUUUUGCAUUUGAUAUUGUCCAGAAGCCCGUCGCCGACGAAGCGCAGGCGGGAGCUGCUGGCGUCUGUCAUAUGACAGCGCACAAGUCCCCCUCCCCCUCAUUUGUAUUGCAUUAACGGCAAUACAAGCAUCAGCAAGAGUGUCGGUUUUGCAUGACAAACUUGCACUGGAGUGCAGUGCUAUUUGAGCUAGCAGAACUUGUCAUGCAAAGAGUGCCAAGAUACAGAGGGCGGAUUGGGUAUUUUGCAUGACAAAUGAGGGCGAGGGGGAGUUGUUGUGCACUUUCAUAUGUCAAGGACGUGGUCGACAAGAAGUUGGAUGCGCUCGGAGCAGGAUAUCAAAUGUAAAAAUGUCUGGGUCUGGAAGAAUCCAACUUGUCAUGCUGAUUUUGGAUUCUAAAAAAAUCUGUAUUGCAUGAGUACCAAAAGAAAGGCAGUUUUUGCUACGCUGAGAAGGCAUUUGUCAUGCGGAAUACGCAUCAAGAAGCCCUCAAAAAAUCUGUAUUGCUAGGGGAUGCAUUACAGACAUCAUGGCUCAUGCAAAACGUGCAUGGCAAGUGUCAGAAUCUUCCAGACUCAGACAUUUUUACAUUUGAUACAGGAGGAGGUACUAUUAUAACCACGGGGGGAGCUGCUGCAUCUUCGCGACCAGGCACGACCAGAUCGCGGCAUCAAAUUACAGGGGGUGGAAGUUUGUUGUCGUCCUCCAAUGGUGCAGACGAAGAGUUCCACGAGGAGAGGAGAACAAUGAGACCUGCAGCUUCCUCAUCCACCACGCGCCGCCCGCAGUCCGCAAAAGUGGUAAGCGCUGGUGCAGCACCAGCUCGUGCAGGGGAACGGGAGCUGUAUGAUGGAUCAAAACUUCCUGUCGCGGCCCGCUCGCGUGCGGGUCCUGGCGGGCCAUCUUUUGCAACUACGACGAGACGACCGCAAACAGCGAAUGCGCGAGGCCGGGCCUCUGCGUCCACUUCCUCGAGAGCACCGAGAGCGCCGUCGGCUUUUGAAUCUUCUAAAGCAACAAGUUUUGACGAUGAUCAAAAUUAUUCCUUUGAAAACUCGCAUCAUACUAGUACGAGUCGGCAAUUUACUCAACAUCUCUACUCCAAGUCAAAGCAGUCCACCACUUCGAAGGACACUACGCUUUUCUACACGAGCGUUGGCGAGAUCGACGAGCUGAUUCAGGAAUCGGACGAGGUUCUGAACCGGGAGGAAUUAGUGCGCGAGCACGAGUGGCUUUUGUCGAUCCACGACGACAACGUGAAAAUUCUGACCGAGCUGGAAAAAAGGGUGCAGGAUCUGGAAAGAAAGAAGCGACGGGAAGAGGAAAAUCGGGGGAAGAGCCCGCCAAGACGGGACGAGGUGCGGGAACGCAGUGGAAGUGGUGGAGGUACAACCACAGGAGCGCGGAAAGGAACUACGGCAGGUACAGGUACAUCUUCUGCUAGAGGUGCUGCUCAUAGUACAAUUAAGCCUAUCACCACCCCGCGAUCCGCAGCGGGCGUUUCCCGCCCGGUCCUCGGUCGGAAGGUGGUGGACACGAGUAUGGGUGGCUGUGCUUCCGCUUGGGCAGAAACUCUCCCGUUUCAGCACAACCCGAGGGGAAAAAAGGCGAGUAUGGUUGUACAAGCGGACUUUGCGGGCGGCAGCGGGGACGCUGCAGGUGCUGGUGGUUCGAGUGCGAGAACCACGAUCGAUUUCCGGAAGACGAGAACAACUCCAGGCAGGCCGCAGUCCGCUGCUUCUUUUAAUCAAAUGCUCGGCCCACCAGCACAUCCACAUGACAACUACUACAUGGAGCCGGGUGUCGCCGGGAAGACGGUUGCCCGGUGCAGCGCGCUGGUGGAGCGCGCGAGGAAGAUGGAGCGCAAGAACCAGCUGCUCAAAGAGGUAGAGGAGGAGAAAAAGCGCGAAAUUCGGCGGCGAAAAGAGCUGCUGGGGCAUGCGCUGACGGAGGAGGAAAAGUUGUCAUCUGCGUCGGAGACGGUGGAGGAGUAUUUACCUGCGUUGUACGAGGCGACGGUGGAGCAGACUCAGCUGUUCUUACAAGAAGAAAAGCGAAAUAAAGCGCAGAAGAAGAGGAGGAAGAAGGAGGGUCCUAUGGGAGUAGAAUCUAAGUCUGUAAACUCCUCGAAGCACCAGACUGGUGGAACAAGAAACUCACCACUCGACGAAGAUCAUGUUGAGGAAACGUCUGGUGGUUCAUCUGAUGCUAAAAACUCCCGCCCACUUUCCCCGUCGGAAAGAGCGAAGACGCAGCUCGCGCCGCUCGGAGCGAAGACGCCACGACCCGCCUCCCCCACCCGCACCUCGGACGAGUGGGGCCAGGGCGCGCUGUCCUGGAUGCUGAAGAGCACGCGGGCGGGGGACACGAUCAACGAAUACAAAGGCGUCGACGCAUCUCAAUCGUCAGAAAUCAUUGGGGAGAAGUCCGAGGAUGGCGUGCAGCCCAAAUGGGUGGAUGUUGAGAUGACCACGAGAAGGACCUCGAAGAGCAGUGUAGAAGUCCUGACGCACAAGUCAAACAGCAAGGACAGUGUAAGAAGCGAGAUUCAUCGAGCUGGGACAACUACUACUUUUUCCAGACCGGGCUCUGCGCAGCUCGCUCCGAUGGGGAACAGCCGUUCAUCUACUUCCGGACAAGCAAGACCAAAGAGCGUGUCCUCCUCUUCUCGCGCGACUACAGCAGUGGCGAAUAAAUUCGGCGUUACAACUUCUUCAUCAAAUCCUACCACCGUGACAAAGGAAUUGCAGAGUCGUGGCGCAAGGGCUGCAAGCAUCGGGAAAGUCUCGGCGAAACAGCCACUGUCUGCGAGAAGAGAGCAGCUGCAAGUUACCUCCGAAAGAAAACCCCUGCCGCGGACGAACGCGGAGGUAUGGGCGGAGUUGCGGAGUUGCUGGGCGCAUUUGUCGAAGUCUACGAAUGAGUCCAAAGGAACCGUCGUCAGCGCUGGAAAUAAUGCGGAGUCUGGGAGUAACGAAGCAGGCGAGGAAAGUGUGAUUGCUGCGGGGGAAAACGAAAAAAUCGGUACGAAGGUGUUUUUGGUUGAAGUCAGCGAGCUUUACUUUCGCAAAAUGUGAUUAAUUUUGAUGCAAACUCAUGUGCCUCUAGGUCUACCUCUACAUCAUGACUAAACCUAACAUUCUGAUCCGAACAUUGACAUGGGUAACAUUUUUACAUCUUCAGCUACAGCUACUCGAGACGACGAAGCCCUAUCUGUCGCAGCAGACCCUGCUGCCGCCGACCCAACGGCAACGACUGCGCAAACAGCGCGAGAAGGUGGAACAACAAGCAAAGAGUUCGAGAAAGAUUGGAGCGACAGUCAACUGUAUUUGACCGUGGAGCAGCAACUACCUUUAAUCCGGCUGAAGCUCCGCGAGCGGUACCACGUGCCCCUGACGGCGUUCCGCGCCUUCGAUUUGGACACUGACAACGUGCUUUGCUUCGAGGAGUUCGCCUACGGUUUUCACGUGAAGUGCGGGUGCAGUGAGGAGUUUGUGGAUUCUGUCUGGGAGGAGAUCACGACGGAAACGUCGGGGCAGUUUUGCCGGUUUGUGGAUUUUUCGAAGAAAUUCUUCCCGAAGGCAAGCUUCGCCGCAGUUAGGAACAACAGAUCUGCGGCAGCCAGAACGGGAGUUGCGAGCGGGGCUGGCGAAACAGCGGGGGGGACCGCGGCAAGUUUUGGAGCUGGUAGUUCACCAGUGCCUCCGGUUGUUCACCUCUAUCAGGUGCGGACUUUGGUACCCUUGCGACUGCGGGAAAAGCCGAAAGUCGCCUCUAAAGAGCUGAUGGUGCUGGAAGAGGGGAAGACGUACGACGUUUUAUCACGUGUAAAUACGUCCCCAGCCCAGAGUCAAGAUGGGAAGUUUGCCAGACAAAUCGACCAGCUUAGGCUGUUGCGCAUGACAAGCGUGGCCUCGUAGUGUACUCGCGUUUAGCUACUGCAGAAGCAUCACAGAUCUAGCUUAGCGCGCUGGUUUGAGCAUGACAAAUUUCAAAACACGACUAGAAACUGCUUCUCAUCGGGCUCCGCAUGAGAAACAUUUUAUGCAUGCAGAUUUGCAUUACAACUCUGGGGGGGACGUUUUUACAAAUGAUACGUUUUCGCAGUACUGGGUGAGUGGGUGAACAUCCGGACUUGGUGCACCGUGGUGCUGACUAUGCAUUGCAAAUACGUCUGGGUCUGGAAGAGCGUAACUUGUCAUGCUAAAUCUGGAUCGUGGAAAAAAUUGUGUUGCAUGAUUACCAAAAGAGCUCCACUUUUGAACAAGUUCAGAGGCAGUUUCUCAUGCAGGCAAGGCAUGAUAGAGAUCUCACAGAACCUGUCAUGCUAGGCCGUGCAUGCCAGAACGCGUGGGUCAUAAUAAACCUGCAUGACAAAGAAACCUAGCAAUCUUCCAGACCCAGACAUUUUUGCAUUUGAUACUGACCGACGAGGGGCAGCUAGAGGUUGACGAGGAGGAAGAGGGGAGAGGCACAGGAGCAGGAGGUCUGAGAACAACAAGCGCUGGAUCCUCAUCUCUGUUCAACAUCACCAAUGCGUCAUCUACACCCAGCAGUCAGAAAGUCGUUAGAACGAAGGAGAUUCCGGUAGAUGGCUGGGCGCUGCGCCGGCAGGGACCCAUGAACUUCGUUGAGCGGAUCUACGCUUCUUGAAUAUGGGAUAAAAAUAGAAGCAACAAAUAAGCAAUGCUUGUCGUGCAAAUGCGCAAGG